CAAUGUAUACACAUUCGUUGCAGGCCUGAAGUCAGAUGGAAAUCCCACUCACCUCCGCCGCAAAACCACCGUCAUUUCCCAUAAAAUCCCGUAUCAACAUCGCCUUACUAAACUUCUUGAUAAACCUUUGCUACAAAAAUCAUGACACGAUCCAUAGAAGCCUCUGGAACUUCUUAUGCAAACCCUUACUCACUUCAUCAAACCCUAAGCCCAUAAAUGGUGUCUUCACCUAUGACGUUACUGUCGAUCCCUCUCGUGACCUUUGGUUCCGUGUUUACGUGCCAACGGACACGAAAGCUUCUCUUCCGGUGAUCAUUUACUUCCAUGGCGGUGGAUUCGUAAUUUGUAGUCCACAUAUAAAGUUUUAUGAUGUUGUGUGCCGCCGUUUUGCAGCUGAGGUUCAGGCUAUUGUUGUUUCGGUUAAUUAUCGACUUGCACCCGAACACAAGUACCCUGCUCAACAUGUUGAUGGAUUCGAUGUGCUUAAGUUUAUUGAUGGGGAAAAAGAGAUAUUGCCGGAAAAUGCAGAUCUGGCUAGGUGCUUUCUUGCGGGAGAUAGUGCAGGUGGAAAUAUAGCCCACCAUGUCGCAAAAAUAGUCUGCGAGUCAUAUUCAGGGAAAAUUGAGGUAAAAGGAGUUAUUGCUAUUCAACCAUUUUUUGGCGGGGAAGAGCGGACAGAAUCAGAAAAGAGAAUAACAGGCCCCUCUCUUGUGCCUUUGGAGCGGUUAGAUCAAUUCUGGAGGUCUUGGUUGCCAGCAGGGGACGGACAUAACAAGGAUCACAAGGCGAUUAAUGUCACCGGUCCUGAAGCUGUGGACUUAUCAACAUUGGAUUUCCCUGCAACAAUUGUGUUUGUGGGAGAUUUGGAUAUCUUGCAGGAUUGGCAAAGACGGUACUACAAUUGGCUCAAGAAUGGUGGAAUUCAAGUUGAUUUGGUUGAAUACCGGAACUCCAUUCAUUGUUUUUUUCUUUUCCCUGAUUUGCCGCAGUCUCAUCAGCUAUUCACUGAUAUCAGCAAAUUUGUUCAUCAACAAGAGAUCAAGUAAUUUCAUGAAAGCUGAAAAGAGUAAAAUUACGAGAUUAUGCUAGAGGCUUUAGUAUAAAUAUACUACUUAAGUACCGAUAAUGUCUUUUUUUCCUUGUUAUAAAUAAAACAAUUUGGUCACCCAUUGUUAAAAAUGGCAAUGCUGUCGAUUUUAGAAAUUGUCAAA